UGUUGGCUAGUGUGCACGUGUUUCUCUCUUAUAGGUGCAUGUAUCCGAUUGUCUGCAAGAAGGCACAUGGGUUUCUCUGUUGUGUGUGUGCAUAUGUAUAUAUGAAUGUGCAAGGGAAAGUCAAUGUUGUACAUGUGUGGUUGUGUGCAGGUUGUGUCAACCUUGAGGGUGUGGGUCUGUGUUGUGAGUCCAUUUAUGUGUCAGUGUUGGUCUCUGGGGAUUGGUCUAUGUGCAGGGCGUAUGCACACAUGUGCCUGUCUUCCUGGCAUAAGGCUGACCCCACUUCUUGGCCCAGUGAGAUUUGGGCCCAUGUGGUGUGACCCGUGGUAUGCUGGGGUCCAUCCAGGGGGUCCAAGGACACAAGGGUGUCCACAUGCUGGGCUAAGAGGCCAUGGAGGGUGGGGGGCACACAUCAUGCUGGUGGGUUCAUGGAAAUCCAGAUGUAGAGACUUGGGCCCAUGUGGGUUUUGGCAUGUCCACGCAUGUUGGUGUGACAAUGGUGUAAUGGCAAGGAUGGGGACCGCUGGUUCUUUCCUACCCCCAGUACCACUCAGCUCUUUGAAGUUGGAGGACUAGGAUGUGAACUCUGGAAGGAGGAGACUGGAAGCCUGGAAUCCUGGAUCUGAGAAGGCUGCUGGGAGGCCAGAUUCCUGGGUCUUGAGAAAGGAAGAAACUGAGACCUGGACUCUGGAGUUUGAAGGAGGAGGAAGCUGGGGUUGUAGACACCUGGGUGGAAGGAAGGGGAAGGGGCUGGGGUUCCUGGCCUCUUGGGCCCACAGAGGACAAAGAGUUAAAGCCCCGGACUCCUGGGUUUUGGAGGGUGAACAGUCCUGAGACCCAGAUUCCCUGGAUUCCAGAAACAACUCACUGGGUCUGUCUGAGCCUAUGCAGAGCCUGCAGCAGGAGGGCUGAGAGAAUGAUCACACCAGGGACUUCCUUGGCUGAGAUGGUCUCUGAGGCAGGUCUUCAAAGAGGAGCCAGAAGGAUGCUAAUAGGAUCAUUUUGUUCCUUUGCAGGUACCGGCCCAGGCCCUAACUCCCUGCAGAGAGGUGAGUGGGGUCCCUCAGGCUGGGGAGAGAGAUGUGGAGUGAUUGGGCCUGUUCUGAGCCAGCUGGAGGCCUGGAGCCCUGCCUGAGGAGCACACUGAGGCACAAAGAGGGGAAGUCACUGGAUUCAAGUCGCGCAACGGGGAACUGGGGUGUGAACCUGCGCAGCCAGGCCCAGAUUCUUGCUUGCAAUGCUGCACUACCUCUCAAGAAAUAUGAAGAAACCGAGAUUCAGAGAGGUUCAGACACUUGCCCGAGGUCACACAGCUAGUCUCCCGCCCCACUCCUCCCGCCUUCCCUCUGCACCAUGGCUCCGGGCCCCUUCUCCUCGGCGCUCCCCUCGCCGCCACCUGCCGCCCUGCCCUUUCUGCUGCUGCUCUGGGCCGGGGCAUCCCGUGGGCAGCCCUGCCCCGGCCGCUGCAUCUGCCAGAACGUGGCGCCCACGCUGACCAUGCUGUGCGCCAAGACCGGCUUGCUCUUCGUGCCGCCGGCCAUCGACCGGCGCGUGGUGGAGCUGCGGCUCACUGACAACUUCAUCGCGGCCGUCCGCCGCAGAGACUUCGCCAACAUGACCAGCCUGGUGCACCUCACCCUGUCCCGUAACACCAUCGGCCAGGUGGCCGCCGGCGCCUUCGCUGACCUCCGUGCCCUCCGCGCCCUGCACCUCGACAGCAACCGCCUGGCCGAGGUGCGUGGCGACCAGCUCCGCGGCUUGGGCAACCUUCGCCACCUGAUCCUCGGCAACAACCAGAUCCGCCGGGUCGAGUCAGCUGCCUUCGACGCCUUCCUGUCCACCGUGGAGGACCUGGAUCUGUCCUACAACAAUCUCGAGGCCCUGCCGUGGGAGGCUGUGGGCCAGAUGGUGAACCUGAACACCCUCACGCUGGACCACAAUCUCAUCGACCAUAUCGCUGAAGGUACCUUUGUGCAGCUGCACAAACUGGUUCGCCUGGACAUGACCUCCAACCGCCUCCAUAAACUGCCCCCCGAUGGGCUCUUCCUGAGGUCCCAAGGUUCGGGGCCGAAGCCGCCCACGCCGCUCACGGUCAGCUUCGGCGGCAACCCUCUGCACUGCAACUGCGAGCUGCUGUGGCUGCGGCGGCUGACCCGAGAGGACGACCUGGAGACGUGCGCCACCCCGGAGCACCUCACGGACCGCUACUUCUGGUCCAUUCCCGAGGAGGAGUUCCUGUGUGAACCCCCGCUGAUUACACGGCAGGCGGGGGGCCGGGCCCUGGUGGUGGAGGGCCAGGCGGUCAGCCUGCGGUGCCGCGCUGUGGGUGACCCUGAGCCCGUGGUGCAUUGGGUCGCACCCGAUGGGCGGUUGCUGGGGAACUCGAGCCGGACCCGGGUUCGGGGGGAUGGGACACUGGAUGUAACCAUCACCACCUUAAGGGACAGUGGCACCUUCACGUGCAUCGCCUCCAACGCCGCUGGGGAAGCGACGGCCCCCGUGGAGGUGUGCGUGGUACCCCUGCCUCUGAUGGCGCCCCCGCCGGCCGCCCCGCCUCCCCUCACCGAGCCCGGCUCCUCAGACAUCGCCACACCCGGCCGACCCGGUGCCAACGAAUCGGCCGCUGAGCGCCGGCUCGUGGCGGCCGAGCUCACCUCGAACUCGGUGCUCAUCCGCUGGCCGGCCCAGAGGCCCGUGCCCGGCAUCCGCAUGUACCAGGUCCAGUACAACAGCUCCGCAGAUGACUCCCUUGUCUACAGGAUGAUCCCAUCCACCAGCCAGACCUUCCUGGUGAAUGAUCUGGCAGCAGGCCGCGCCUACGACCUGUGCGUGCUGGCAGUCUACGACGACGGGGCCACUGCACUGCCGGCCACGCGAGUGGUGGGCUGUGUGCAGUUUACCACUGCCGGGGAUCCCGCGCCCUGCCGCCCACUGAGGGCCCAUUUCUUGGGUGGCACCAUGAUCAUCGCCAUUGGGGGCGUCAUCGUCGCCUCGGUCCUCGUCUUCAUCGUUCUGCUCAUGAUCCGCUAUAAGGUCUACGGCGACGGAGAUGGCCGCCGCGUCAAGGGUACCUCCAGGUCGCCUCCGCGGGUCAGCCACGUGUGCUCGCAGACCAACGGCGCAGGCGCGUCGCAGGCCCCGCCCCCGCCGGCGCAAGACCGUUACGAGGCGCUGCGCGAGGUGACGUCCCCAGCUGCUGCCGCUUUGGCGGUCGAGGCGAAGGCCACCGCCGCCGAGUCGGAUUCCACCGAGCCAGAGGCCGUCCUUGGACGCUCCCUGGGCGGCUCAGCCACCUCGCUGUGCCUGCUGCCGUCUGAGGAAAUCUCUGGGGAGGAGUCUCGGGCCACGGCGGGCCCUCGGAGGAGCCGUUCCGGGGCCCUGGGGCCGCCAGCUUCGGCGCCCCCCACUCUAGCUCUGGUUCCUGGGGGGGCCCCGGCCCGGCCGAGGCCGCAGCAGCGCUAUUCGUUCGACGGGGACUACGGGGCACUCUUCCAGAGCCACAGUUACCCGCGCCGCGCCCGGCGGACAAAGCGCCACCGGUCCACGCCGCACCUGGACGGGGCCGGAGGGGGCGCGGCCGGGGAGGACGGAGACCUGGGGCUGGGCUCCGCCAGGGCACGCCUGGCCUUUACUAGCACCGAGUGGAUGCUGGAGAGUACCGUCUGAGCGGCGGGCGGGCGCCGGGACGCCUGGGUGCCGCGGACAAACGCCCAGCCACCCGGACGCUGGGGCAGGACUCGGGGGCGAAAGCACGGCGCCUAGUGGUCAGACUGGAGGGGGAGACGCGCCCUCCUCCUCCCUGAAGGGGGCGAGGCUGCCUCGUCUGCAGCUCUUGGCCACGCCCCCGGGCCCGGGGGAGUUAGGGGGCGGGCAGCCGGGCCCCCCUCCUCCAAGGACUCCUCGUCCCCCUCCUGCCCCUCCCCCCGCGCGCUCGCGGACCUCGCUGGAGCCGGUGCCUUACACAGCGAAGCGCGGGGAGGGGCAGGGCCCCCCCGACACUGCAGCACUGAGACACGAGCCCCCUCCCCCCGCCCGGGACCGGGGCAGGGGCGAGGGGCCCAUUUCUUGUAUCUGGCUGGACUAGAUCCUAUUCUGUCCCGCGGCGGCCUCCAAAGCCCCCACCCCCACCCCAUUCACCUCCCUGGUCCCGUCGGGUCUGGCUUGGGGUCCCCCUUUCUCUGUUCCCUUCCUCUCUGUCCCGCCCUAUGUCGUCUUUGUCUCAUGUCUCUGUCCUUCCCUACUUGUCUCUCUCUGUCCCGCCGUCUCUUCUCCCUCCCAUAUCUUGUCCAGUCUCCCUCUCUCUCCUGAUUACCUCUUCCCACUACACACUCUCCCGGGCAGGUCCCACUGGAAGGACCAGAGUGUCCCGUAUCCCUUCCUCUUUCCCCAAAUAAACCCCCACAUGAACAAGAUCCAAAACCAAAUCCUCCCCUCCCUGCCGGAGCCGGGACCCUCCGCCGCAGCAGAAUUAAACUUUUUUCUGUGUCUGAGGCCGCUCUGCUGA